UUCCUAAUCAUAAUCUAUAAAAACCCAUAAAAACUGCUUAGAAAUAUUUUUACAUGUUGGUAGAUAAUCAGAAAGUUUGUGGGAUUUCUUGAUAUAGUACUAUCCACCAUACAUAGGUAUCAGAGAGGAAAUCAGCUUAAAAUGAUGGAAACCAACAGCCAAAUUGAAAUUCCAACUGUUCAAGUAACAAAAUUUGCUAAAGCUGGAUUUCUAAGUAAAAUGUCAUUCUGUUGGUUGAAUCCCCUAAUGAAAAUGGGUAAGAACAAAACUCUCAAUGAACAUGAUUUACCAAAACUACGAGACAUCGAUACAGCAAAAUUGUGUUACUUGCAAUUUCUCGAGCAAUCGAAUAAACAUAAGCUUCCUACAUAUCCUUCGGAAUCCUCACUCUUGUGGGCAAUACUCGAAUGCCACAAGAGUGAAAUUUUGAUUUCAGGGUUCUUUGCGCUUUUGAAAACGAUCACUAUGUCAGCUGGGCCGGUUUUGCUCUAUUUCUUCAUUAAGUUUGCAGACUAUAAAAAGGACUACAUAUCUAAAGGGUGUGUUCUCGCCUUUUCGAUCUUCCUAUGUAAGAUCUUGGAAUCGUUGUCACAAAGGCAAUCGUUUUUUCGAAGUAAAUUGAUUGGUCUCAAAGUGAGUUCCUUGUUGAUAGCAGCAAUUUACAAGAAGCAAUUGAGAUUAUCAAAUGUUUCUAGGAAGAUGCAUUUAGGAGGUGAGAUAAUAAAUUAUGUGAAUGUUGAUACUUAUAGGAUUGGAGAGUUCGCGUAUUGGUUUCAUCAGACUUGGACAACCGGUCUUCAGCUUUGUUUAGCUUUGGUUAUUAUGAUUCAAUCGGUUCGACUUGCAACCAUCGCGUCUCUAGUAGUAAUCAUUUUGACUAUGAUUUUUAACGCGCCCUUUGGCAAAUUAUUGUUGAAGUAUCAAAGGAAAUUGAUAGUCGCGCAAGAUAAGAGGCUGAAGGCUUUCUCGGAGGCUCUUGUGAACAUGAAGGUGCUUAAAAUGUACGCGUGGGAGACUCAUUUCAAGGAUGGAGUAGUCGGAGCGAGGAAUAUGGAGUUUAAAUGGCUAUCCAAAGUGCAAUGGCAAAAUGCAUUCAAUUUUUUCUUGUUCUUUGCAUCUCCUCUGUUGGUUCCUUGUGCUACAUUUGCAGCAUGUUAUUUCCUUAAAAUUCGUUUACAUGCUAGCAAUGUUUUCACCUUUCUGGCGACUUUGCGUCUUGUUCAAGAGCCCAUUAGAACUAUCCCUGUUGCAGUUGGUGUGGUGAUUCAUGCAAGGGUUUCGUUUGCACGAAUUGUGAAGUUUUUAGCUGCACCAGAGCUUCAAAUUGAAGAUGUUAGGAAGGCGAAAAGUAUGACCAACAUAAACGGACAUGCCAUUGUGAUGAAGUCUGCGAAUCUUUCUUGGGAAGUGAGUCCGUCAAAGGCGACACUGAGGAACAUUAAUCUAGAUGUUCAUCCAGGCGAAAAGGUUGCGUUAUGUGGUGAAGUCGGCUCUGGAAAAUCAACAUUACUAGCCGCAAUUCUUGGAGAAUUACCUUACAUAGACGGAAUUGUGGAUGUUUCAGGGAGGAUCGCUUACGUUUCCCAAACAGCUUGGAUACAAUCAGGCACAAUACGCGAGAACAUUCUCUUUGGUUCGGCCAUGGAUGAUCUUAGAUACCAAGAAACUUUAAGGUGUUGUUCAUUGGUAAGGGACCUUGAACUUCUUCCUUGUGGUGACAUGACUGAAAUAGGGGAACGAGGAAUUAAUCUAAGUGGUGGUCAAAAGCAACGAAUUCAACUUGCUCGCGCAUUGUACAAAGACGCGGACAUUUAUCUUUUGGACGAUCCAUUCAGUGCUGUUGAUGCGCAUACUGCAACUAGCCUCUUAAAUCAUUAUGUUUUGGAAGCUCUUUCUGAGAAGACUGUUUUGCUUGUGACACACCAAGUUGAUUUUCUUCCUGCGUUUCAUUUAUGUUUGCUGAUGUCGGAAGGAGAAAUUCGGCGCGCAGGGCCUUACAACGAGUUAUUAGCUUCAAGUCCAGAAUUUUUCGACCUUGUAAACGCGCACAAACACACAGUUGGUACCGAAAACUUAGCUGAAGUUAGCAAAUCUAAAGGACCAAGCAACUCUACUUCAGAGCAUACGACACCCAAUAUUGAGCUUUUAGAUCAAAAUCUGAUGGGGCAACAAUUGAUCAAACUCGAAGAAAGAGAAGUCGGAGACACUGGGUUUAAGCCUUACUCGACAUACUUGAAUCAGAAGAAAAGCUAUAUCUAUUUUUCGAUUGCAGCCCUGGCUCGUGUCGCCUUGGUGACCGGCCAGAUAUUACAGAACAUUUGGAUGGCUUCGGGUGUGGAUAACCCGCAAAUGAGUCAAUCGAAAUUGAUGGUAUUUUAUGUCAUAAUUGGCACAGGAAUGACAGUAUUUGUGCUGUUUAAUUCUCUUGCAACAGCUAAAGUAGGGUUGGAAUCAUCAAAAGCUUUGUUUUCCAAGUUGCUAAAGUCUCUAUUUCGUGCUCCAAUGUCGUUCUAUGACUCUACACCAACCGGAAGGAUACUAAGUCGGAUUUCAGUUGAUUUGAACAUCGUUGAUGUGGAUAUCCCCUUUAGCUUACAGAUAGCUUUCGGAGCGACUCUCAUGGCGUAUGUUACUUUAGGAGUGUUGGCUGUCAUUACAUGGCAAGUCAUGUUUGUUAUUGUACCUGUGGUUUUCCUGGCUAUACGAUUACAACAAUACUACUUUGCUUCUGCAAAAGAGUUGAUGAGGCUCAACGGUACAACUAAGUCCUUGAUCGUAAACCAUUUAGCCGAAUCAAUAGCUGGAGCAGCGACAAUUAGAGCUUUUAAGGAGGAAGAUCGUUUCUUUGCUAAGAUUUUAGAUCUUAUAGAUACAAAUGCAAGUUCGUUCUUCCACAAUUUCGCCGCUAGUGAAUGGUUGAUCCUAAGGAUUGAAACCCUUAGUGCCACUGUGCUAGGAGCUGCUGCAUUGUGUAUGGAUUUGCUUCCUCAUGGGACUUUUAGCCCAGGAUUCAUUGGAAUGGCGCUAUCAUAUGGUCUCACGCUAAAUUUAGCUAUGGUUAUCUCGAUUCAAACACAAUGCACAUUGGCCAACCAGAUAAUUUCCGUGGAGAGGCUUAAUCAAUACAUGGAUAUACCAAGUGAAGCUCCAGAAGUCGUUGAAGACAACCGUCCUCCACAAAACUGGCCAUUGGCCGGUAAAGUGGAGAUAUGCAAUUUGCAGAUACGAUAUAGACCAGAUACACCGUUGGUUCUUAAUGGAAUCAGUUGCACAUUUGAAGGGGGUGACAAAAUCGGUAUUGUUGGAAGAACCGGCAGUGGGAAGUCUACCCUAAUAGGGGCAUUGUUUCGUUUGGUGGAACCAGCAGACGGAAAAAUUAUAGUUGAUGGUGUUGAUAUAUGUUCCAUAGGACUUCACGAUCUAAGGUCACGUUUUGGGAUUAUCCCUCAAGAUCCUACUCUCUUCAAUGGCACCGUGCGGCUCAAUCUGGAUCCAUUAAGUCAACAUAACGACGAGGAAAUAUGGGAGGUACUCAAAAAAUGUCAACUUAUAGAAGCUAUCAAAGACAAAAAACAGGCUUUGGAUUCCUUAGUUGAGGAGGAUGGAUCAAAUUGGAGCAUGGGACAACGACAACUAUUCUGCCUAGGGCGUGCUUUACUAAGGAAAAGCAGGGUCUUAGUACUCGAUGAAGCAACUGCCUCCAUUGAUAAUGCGACCGACAUGAUCCUACAGAAGAUAAUCAGAGCGGAAUUUGCAGAUUCCACAGUGAUUACUGUAGCCCACAGGAUACCGACAGUGAUGGACUGCACAAAGGUCCUUGCUAUCAGCGAUGGAAAGUUGAUCGAGUACGAUGAGCCAGGAAAGCUAAUGAAAAACAAAGGUUCACUAUUUGGACAACUCGUCAAGGAAUAUUGGUCGCAUAUCCACAUAGCAGGUCAGCCACAAUGAACACAUUUGAAUCGAAAAACAUCAAUAAAUAGAGACAAAGAAACAGGACAUACAAGGCUGUCCAAUUGUUGUAUUCGAACGCAUAUGAUUCUCGAAGAAUUGAUCCAAAAACUCGUUUUCAUUCAUCUGUGUUAAUAGCAUAUCUAAUGUUUUGCGAAGAGCAUGUAUGGAUUUCAAGCGUGUACAAUCGCCAAAAAAAUGAAAAUCGAUUUCAACAAACUAAUGAAUCAGCAUAUGGCUUACAAAAGUUUCUAUACGAGCAGAUGAAUCGAGGAUUCAUUUCUUACGGUCCUCCAAGUACAGCAUUCUCGAUGUCUUCUCUACUAAGGGCAUAACUGAAUCUCCUCUCUAUGUCUUUUUCUAGAUUACCAGAUCCACUCUUCAAAUAUCUACAAGAAGAACGUAUUCUUAUAAAUUGACAGUUUUCAGAUGAGUUAUGCCUCAUAAGCAAAUGAAAAUCAACGAAUAUCAUGCAUAAAUAUACAAUAACAUUAUGCAAAAUUGUGGUUUAUAACCAUAAAAAUAUAUUAAAAGAAAAUUCCAACACCACAAUUCAUACAGCCCGUUUGGUUAAUGGUAUUAAUUGGUGGUAAUGAGAAUAUUUGUAGUGUAAAUUUUCAUAAUAUGUAUCAUGUCAUUGCUAUGGUAAUGAAAGUUUGAUCAUAAAACGGUUUUUUUUUUUCACAA